CCGGAAGCGGGCGCUGAGGACCUGGGAGCGGGGACAUGGAGGCACCUCAGGUGCUGCUGGUGAUGGGCGUGAGCGGCUCCGGGAAAUUUUGAAAAGUGAAGACCAACCUUGAUCGCUUUCCUGCUUUGGCUGGAAUGCCUCAUGUGGGAAGUGCUGCCUAAACUCUGCAAAAUAAGCAGUUUCUUCCCAGCCCAGUGCUGGAAAGUUCAGAAAUCCACUGUGGGUGCGCUGCUGGCCUCCAAGCUGGGAUGGAAAUUCUAUGAUGCCGAUGAUUAUCACUCGGAGGACAAUCGGAUAAAGAUGGGAAAGGGGGUGCCACUGAGCGACCAGGACAGGAUUCCUUGGCUUUGCAGCUUGCACGACAUUUUACUAAGAGAUGCGGCUUUGGGACAGCCCGUCGUUCUAGCCUGUUCAGCUCUGAAGAAAAUGUACAGAGACAUCUUGAUCCGAGGAGGAAGUGAUGACUCAGCAAAGGAGGCCGUGCUGGCCGGCGGGAAGCUCCUGGUGGUCCACCUCUGCGGGGCGUUUGACCUCAUUUACGGACGCUUGCUCCAAAGAAAAGGACAUUUUAUGCCGCCCGAGUUACUGCAGUCCCAGUUCAGUAUUCUGGAGCCCCCAACAGCUCCCGAAAACUUCAUCCAAAUCAGUGUGGACCAAGGUCUCCCAGAGAUCACGGCUGCCGUCAUGGAAGCCCUCAGAUGAAGCGCUCGCUCACACCCGUGGUUUCAGUGCACCCUGCUCCCAAACUCCUCGCCCAUGGUGGCUUCGAAAUUUUUUAGAGACAGGGUUUCUCUGUGUAGACCUAGAUGGUCUGGAACUUGGAGGUCUGCCUGCCUCUGCCACACCCUCCCCUCGAGGGCUGGGAUUAAAGGCGUGCCCCACCA